UUCGUUCGUUCGUUCGUCCGUUCGUCCGUUCGUUCGUCCGUCCGUUCGUUCGUUCGUUCGUUCGUUCGUCCGUUCGUUCGUUCGUUCGUUCGUCCGUUCGUUCGUUCGUUCGUUCGUUCGGAAGAACGACCAACGCUGACGUCUCUUAUUCGAGUUAAUCUUCGAAGAGGAAGAAACUCGACGUUUUCCUUAUUAGUUAAGGCAAAGUUUGAAGAAAUUACGACGUUAAGUAAAGGAAAAUUCACAGCACGACUCCGCCACGUGGAGAUGCGUGCUAAAGGAUUUACGUUCAGAAGCGAAUAAAUUCUUUAAAAAAGGGAAUAGCGAGAGGAAUAGAAGAAACUGGGAUCGAUUUAGAUCACGAGAUUUUUUCUAAGAAAAGUCCUUUCAUGUAGAGCCUACGGACAAGGAUCGCAAUGAUACACCCUCGACGAUCUCUCUUGUUUCUCGUGCAGACGGUGCUUUUAGCAGUUUGUCACGGGAUUCAGCAGUUCGAAGAAACACCGCAGUACACGGAAGUUAAUCCCGGUCAAGAUGCAAAGUUGAUCUGUCGCGUGCUAGGCAAGAGGGGUCAGUGCAUUUGGCAGAAGGAUCAAAAGCCAAUCGGAAUGCACCUGAAGAAGUACGAGUGGGUGGGCUCACCGGACAUGGGAGACUGCUCGCUUUGGGUCAGGUCAGCCACCUUGGAAUUCGACGACGGUUUGUGGCAAUGCCAAGUCACUGCCAGUGAUUUCACGACGCAAGACGCUUUAGCAUCGGAUCAAGCUAGGCUGGUCGUCAGGGUCAGCCCUCGGCGACCGCAGAUAGAGUACGACAACCAUCCUAUUUUACCUGGCAGCAACGUGACAGCCCGAGCAGGUGAGAUCGCUACGCUCACUUGCAGAGCGCGGUAUGGGAAUCCUCCGCCUCUAAUUAAAUGGUACGUCGGCGAGACGGAGAUCAGGACACUGAGGCCUCAGGUAAACUCGACGGAACUAGAUAAUCCCCGUACUUGGGAGACCUACAGUGUUUGCGAGAUUUUGGCGGAGCGGUCACGUUACGGAGCGCCGAUCCGAUGCGUCGCCAUUCAUCCUGCUUACGCCAAUCCCACCAUGUCCUCCAGCACCGAAGUGAGAUUCGACGUUAAAUACGCACCGGAAACGCGAUUGGUGGGCGUGCCAAACGGUCAGUUGGAAGAAGGACGAGAUAAAUUAGAAAUAAGGUGUCUGGCCGAUGCGAAUCCACCGGCUUCGAUUAUUUGGAGGCGUACGAAGAGUCUUAGCGUCACCGAUAUCGCCAGCAUCGGGGAGACCCUUUUGUUCUCGCCAGUUUAUAGAAACCAUGCGGCCGAGUACAUCUGCGAAGCAACCAACACCGAGGGUGAAAGUAGCCCUGUCAGGGUACAAGUGUCCGUAAAUUAUCCACCGACUAUCAGCUCGGUCGGCCCGGAAUGGUUGACUACGGCACUGCUUUAUUCCGGUGCAUCGUUCGAGUGUCACGCCGACGCGAUGCCACCGGCUGAAUACAGAUGGGCCCAGAUCUUCCCCGACAAUCGAAUGCCAAUGGAAUGCGGAACCGGUCAAAGAUUGAUCCUCACGAACGUGACUUACGAGCAACAAGGCCAGUACAUAUGUCUAGCCUCGAACAAGAUCAAUGGACACGUCAGGGAGGUUAAAAGCGACCCGGUGUCUUUGCAAGUGGUUGGUGCACCCAGGGUGGUGAAGCCAGCGAUCACGGAGAAGUUCGUCGUAGCAGCGACGGAAGGCAGCCCGGCGAGAUUAGAGAUCAGACUCUGUUCCAAUCCAAAGCCUCGUCUCGUUGCAUGGGAAUGGGGCGACAUCAGACUCUACGCCGGUGAGGUUUUAGAAUCUCGUUAUCGUGCUCUGGAUUUAGAGCCACUGACGUCCGAAGACUGUUACGUAGCGAUUUUGGAACUUACCAGUACGGUUAAGGAGGAUCAAAGACUAUAUCAUGUUAUCGUAGAGAAUGAUCGUGGAAGCGACCGCAGAGCUUUAAUGUUAAGGGUCGACGAACCAGGCCAGAUUCCACUCGUUAUCGGAGCCGUCGCGGGUUUCACCGUGCUCUCGGUACUGAUAAUGGGAUUCGUUUGUUUCCUACGAUCCGAUAGAUGUUGCACAGCCAGAAAUACAGCUCCGGCGUUGCAGCAAGUACAUUGUACCAAAGCUUCCAACACCCUAAUAGAGGAUCCGCGUUUGACCGUCGAUACGAUGGAACGCACGGGUCAGCAAUUUGUUCCCGAGAAACGAGCCAAUCACGUUCUGAAGCCCGUCCCGUCGCAGCAAUAUCCGCAAGAGUGCUACCAGCACGAUCCGCAACAUCCUCAACAACAUUAUGAGAGGCAUCGCCAUCACAUGCAACCACAUGGACCACAGUACUUACAGAAAGUACCGUUUUCGUUUGCAGCCACGAGUCUUGCGGGAUUCAAGAACGAAAGACUGACUUGGCUGAAUUUAAAUUAGGUGGAUCAAAGUAUUAAAAGGAAAUAAAAUGAUAACAAUAAAGAAAAAACGAAAACGUAAUAAAAACCAACUAGUUGAUAUACGGUUGUGAGAAUAUAUGUGAUGAUUAUAAAAAAAAAAAUUUAUAUAUAUAUAUAUAUACACACAUAUAUGAAUAUUAAAGUUGUUUCAAGCUCGUUAUCGUCAAAAUGGCUAAUUCGACGUUUGUGUCAUCGAUCAACGAACACACGCAGAAAUUUCAUUACGUCUGCGGUUUGUCGAGUACUCCAAUAUUUAUUAAACUUUUUCUCUCGCUCGUUAACAAGCAUGACGUUUCAAAAAAUCCGAAGAGUUUUUAUCCUAACUUAAUAAUUGUACGUGAGUCCAAUUUUUUAAGAGCGCGAGAGAUACUUGUUUAUUACUUAAACGCGUGUUUAUUAUUUAAAUGCGUGUUGAGCGAUAAUUUGAUCGUUGCUCGAAAUAUUGUAAAUAUUAUAACGUCCGAUAUAAAUGAAAGUCUGAAUAUAGAUAUAGAUACAGUUUGUUUUGAAUAAUUCAUAUGUAAUAUCGUUCCUACUUGGAUUUAUUUGACGGCAUUAUUAAUCUGCGCUUUUUCACGAAUCCGUGCAUAUAGAAUAAUAUGGACAAUUAUUUGACGAAAGAGAAGAAAACAAAGAAAAAAAAGAAAAAAAAAAAAAAAAAAAAAAAAAGAAAGAAAAAAGAAAAAACAGUCGAAAUAACACGUACAUACAUACGUAUAUCUCUAUAUAUUUAUUGAUCAACGCGCAUGUCCUUGGAAACUUGCACUUUGUAUAUUCUAAUCCUACGAAAUGUAUGUACAGAGAAUCUUCGAUAAUACGACGCACUUUUUCCAUCCACUUCACCCAACCCCGAACCUUGAGUAUGACGCACCAGCAAGCGUAGUCCAUCAGCAUUGUUACCAUGAUUCUUAAUAAGCAAAUGAAAAUAAUAGUUUAUAUCAUAUAUCGUUCGUUUGGAUCGAUCGUUGGUAUCAUCGUCUGUUAGCUAAUCAAAAUAGUAGCGGUGAGGAAUUCGCAGAGCGUUCUCAUCGAGUGCAUCGUAUGAAUAUUAUAAAGUAGCAUCGUGUAAUGCGUACGAGGCAGCAUUAAGAAAGCUUUAAUCUCGUGUAAGUGCGUAUAUCUGUGUGUGCGUGUGCGUGUGUGUGUGUGCGUGCGUGCGUGCGUGCGUGCGUGCGUGCGUGUGUGUGUGUGUGUGUGUGUGGUCUUGAAAGUUUAUCAUGAAAAAAUGUCUUCGAUAGAGGCAUAAUCGCAACCACACACGCGUGUACGCGCACGUAUCACGCAAGUGCUUGUGCAUUGGCAUUUUUCAUCGAAGAAAAAUUCUUUAUAUCAUAUCCGAUACGAUAUCAUCGAUCCUAUCCGACACGUUCGUACGUAGAAAGCAAGGAACGAAAGAUAACGUUCAAUCGGUAGCGAUCUUACGUACACGAAACUUACAUAUAUACCUACAUAUGUAUAAUAUAUAAAUGCCUGACGCGAAAUUCGCGCGAGCGAAUCGUUGGCUCGUUUUUAGUCACCGAAAAGACCGAGCUUAACGAACCGUAGAAAAGUAUUUCUCCUGCCUGUGUACAUACAUAAAUAUUAUAUGCACACGCACACGCAAACAGACAUAUACAAAUGCUGCACUAUGCGUCCUUAACUAAGUUGCAUCGUUUCCACACCUAUCUCUUUCUACACUUCUCUCUGAGAUAAACAUUGUGCAGGGGGAGCAGCUGUUUCUCAAACCAGAUCGCUUAGCGACGUUGAAGCAUCCUAGCAAGAUCGAGAAGCCGCCGCAGUAUACCACGUUCAAGCCGGGUAACUGAAGAUAUCUUAAUGCGUACGUCUCUUUCUCUCUCUCUCUCUCUCUCUCUUUUUUUUUUAUUUAUAACCGUGUGAAGAAAAUGCUCACGUAGCAAAGAAGAAAGAACGAGAGACGAAGGAAGAGGGAGAGAGAGAGAGAGAGAGAGAGAGAGAGAGAGAGAGAGAGAGAGAGAGAGAGAGAGAGAGAGAGAGAAAGAGAGAGAGAGAGAAAUAUCAAA